UCUUUCCUUCUUUUUUUUCUCCUCAAUCUCUCUCGUUUCUUUUUUGGUGGAGAAGAUGAAAAUUUAUUCUAACAUGGAAGAAUCUGCAACUGCAACUCAAGAGGAAGUACUUGGUGGCGCCUCCGCUGGCGCCGGCCAUAUCAUUAAAGGAAAGAGAACCAAACGCCAAAGGCCUCAAUCGCCGAUUCCGUUUGUCGUUUCGACUGGAGAUAUUACUACUGGGUUUGAUCAGAAAGUCGUUAAUAAUAACAACAACUCGUCGACGUCGCCGGUGAGUUCAGGAGGUGGAGUUGAUUACUUAAAUAGCACUCAGGAAGACGAAGACAUGGCGAAUUGUCUUAUUCUUCUAGCUCAAUGUCAAUCAAAAGACUCGCCUAAACAAGAAGUAGUAGAAAAUAAUGACAAUAACCGUCAUCAUCCUCAUCAGGACGAGAUGGGGCAAAUACAUAAUAAAUUUAACAGCAGGAGAUUUCUUGAAGCUCCAUCUUCGGGUACCGGCAAAGCGGGUUACUAUGUGUAUGAGUGCAAGACUUGUAACAGAACGUUUCCGUCGUUUCAAGCGCUCGGUGGCCAUAGAGCGAGUCAUAAGAAACCGAAAGGGAUGAGUGAUCACGAAAGAACGAUUAAUAACAAGUCGUUAUCUUCUCAGUUCGUGGUUUCGUCGGAUGAAGAAGAGGUCAAUUUCCGAAAUGUGUCUUCUCUUUCUCUCCAAUUGAAUAAUAAUAAUAAUAACAGAAGCAACCACAAUUUGUAUAGCAAGAAUCACAGCAACAGUAAGGUUCAUGAAUGCUCCAUUUGCGGGGCGGAGUUCACUUCAGGACAAGCUUUAGGCGGGCACAUGCGGCGCCACCGAGCACCGACUGGAACAAACACCGCCUUGUCAUUGACGCCAACGAACUUGGAAUCUGAAGAUCAAGCUGCGAAGAAACAAAGAAAUGUAUUGUCAUUAGAGUUGGAUCUUAAUCUUCCGGCGCCGGAAGACGAUCUGCGGGAAUCGAAGUUACCCUUCUCUUCAAAGCAACAACAACAACAGCAACCACCACCGCAGCAGCAGCAACAACAACAACAACAACAACAACAAAAAUCACCUCUUGUCUUCUCCGCCCCCACUUUGGUGGAUUGUCACUACUAAAAGACGAGGUUUUCAUUAUUUUUUUCUUCUUUUAAAAUUCUUUUUUUCUUU